UGGUUUGGUUGGCGAAUGGUUGGACACGUGUCACUUGAGAUCCUAUUGUGGUCAUUCACCUCUGUCCAGCAACUCCUAUCCCAACCUCCACGUGGUGCCGACCGGGAUACGAGUAACCUUAGCGGAGAUCGGGUAACCAACCCCGGUGGAAACUUUGGUCGUAUGCUGACUGGGAAGGGGGAACGUACGUGGCUGUUUCCCCAUGUUAGGGGCGGCGUACAACAGCGUCUGAUCCGGAGCGGGCGGCUGAAUCAUGAAACGCGGUGUCUCGCCAGCUAUAUCAAAGACGGCAGCCCCGUCGCGAGACUAGGUAUCGCAGCCCUAGUAAGGCAGCAUACUGAAUAUUAAAUACUACGAACAAUCCAGAUAUAAAUACGGAACGGAAUAAUCGGCAUGAGCCUAGGCGAACGAAAAAGGACAACGAUUAUUGGAAACUCGGUACUUGGAAUGUAAGGACUCUACUCGAACCGGCACGCGCAAGUAUCCUGGCUAGAGAGCUGCGGAAUGUAAAUGUGGAGGUUGCAGCUAUCCAAGGGGUGCGAUGGCUCAAAUCGGGAGGACGGGAAUUCCGAGCAGUAGAUCCUAUUGCGGACACUUCAUUUAAGUACCACAUCUACUAUAGUGGCGGCGUGAAAGCAGAAAGAGGAGUCGGUUUCGUGCUAAUUGGAAAACAGAUGAAGCGUGUCAUUAGAUGGAGGCCGAUCAGUGACCGUAUAUGCGUGUUGAGAAUUAAGGGCAAAUUCUUCAGUUACAGCCUAAUAAAUGUGUACGCACCGACCAACGAGAAACCCGAUGACGAAAAGGAGGAGUUCUAUGAGCUCCUGGAAAAGACAUACAAUGAGUGCCUAGGACACGAUAUAUAGAUUGUCAUCGGAGAUGCAAAUGCACAGGUCGGGCAGGAAGACUUCUUCCGCCCCGUAACUGGUAGGGAAAGCUUCCACUUUACUACGAACGACAAUAGCCUGAGGCUUGUUAAUUUCGCUGCAGCUAGGGGGAUGGCUAUCUGUAGCACUUAUUUUGCACGCCGGAACAUACGUAAGCACACCUGGAUGCACCCGAAUGAAGAGCUUUGCUCUCAAAUUGACCACGUUCUGAUUGAUGGACGGCACUUUUCAGACGUUACAGACGUGAGGUCGUUCAGAGGACCGAACGUUGACUCGGAUUACUAUCUCGUAGUAGCCAAAAUCCGCGCCAGGCUGUCCAACGUGCUGAAAUCCGAGGCAACGAGGAGGAUGCAGUUGAACAUCCAGCGGCUAUCAACUGAAGGAGUAGCUGCAGAGUACUCGCAGAAAGUUGAUGAACGGAUUGAGGAAAGAGCUGAAGGGAACCUGAAUGAACAGUGGAGACACAUCCACAGUUCGAUCAGCACUACAGCGCGAGAAGUGUUGGGUACAACUGCGGCAGCUGCGUCCAAUGAGUGGUUUGACGCUGAGUGCCAGCGAGUGACGGAAGAGAAGAACCGCGCCAGGGGUCAAAUGUUGGCCACGGCUGUGACUCGUCAGAGCAUGGGUAGAUAUCGAGAUGCAAGAGCCGCUGAAAAGAGACUCCACCGCCGGAAGAAACGACAGCAUUGGGAGCGUAUUCUUGCGGAGGCGGAAGGUUGCUUCUCCAGGCAUGAUGCGAGGAGCUUCUACAAGAAGGUCAACCGAAUCAGGAAUCGAAACGUGUCAGCCCCAGUCAUGUGCAACGAUAGGGAGGGGAACCUGAUAACCGAUAAAACAGAUGUGGCCAGGCGUUGGAAGGAACACUUCAGUGUGCUGUUGAACGGUGAGGGAAACAGUGGAGUCGAAAGGAGCAGGAUGACUAUUGAGAAUGAUGGUCAAGUUGUGGAUCCACCAUCCAUGGACGAGGUGAAAAAAGCAGUGAAAGAGCUGAGAAACUGCAAGGCAGCUGGGAAGGACGGCAUUCCCGCCGAACUCUUCAAAGUCGGAAGCGAACAGCUGUAUCGUGCCAUCCAUCGGAUCAUGCUGAGAGUGUGGUCUGAUGAAGAAUUGCCCUCGGACUGGUUAGGCCAUCGCCUGGACUGUAGCAAUUAUCGGGGCAUAACACUUCUUAAUACCGUGUACAAAGUUCUCUCCCGCAUCCUGUUCCACAGACUGAGGCCGUUGCAGUAGACCUUUGUUGGCGAGUACCAAUGCGGUUUUCGAGGGGGACGCUCCACGACGGACCAAAUGUUUACCUUGCGACAAAUCCCCGAUAAAUUUCGAGAAUACAACUUGCAGACGCACCAUCUGUUCAUAGACUUCAGAGCAGCGUACGAUUCAGUCAAGAGGAAUGAGUUAUGGCAGAUUAUGAUGGAACAUGGCUUCCCAACAAAGCUGAUUAGGCUGAUACGUGCCACCCUUGAAGGUUCUACAUCAAGCGUCAGGAUAGCCGGUGAGAUAUCGGACUCGUUCGUGACGUUAGAUGGUUUGAAGCAGGGUGACGGGCUGUCGAACUUAUUGUUCAACAUCGCAUUGGGUGCUAUACGGAGGGCUGGUGUGCAGAGAAGCGGCACCAUCAUUACGAAGUCGCACAUGCUUCUCGGUUUUGCGGACGAUAUCAACAUCAUUGGUAUCAACCGUAGAGCUGUGGAAAAGGCCUUCGGACCUCUCAGGAGAGAAGCUGCGAGAUUAGGGCUUGUCAUAAACUCUGCCAAAACGAAAUACAUGGUGGCUGGCAGAGUGCGUGGUAGUCCGUCGGAGAUUGGUGCUGCGGUGGUGCUAGAUGGGGAAACAUUUGAAGUAGUCGACGAAUUUAUUUACCUGGGCACAUUAGUGACAUGUGACAACGAGGUUAGCCGUGAGAUAAAGAGGCGGAUAGCAGCCGCGAACAGGGCCUUUUACGGAUUACGUAACCAGCUAAGGUACCGCAGUCUGCAAAUUCGAACUAAACUUGCACUCUAUAAAACACUGAUUCUUCCGGUGGCCCUCUACGGCCAUGAAUCAUGGACGCUGAAAGAGGCUGAUCGGCGAGCUCUUGGUGUUUUUGAGCGUAGGAUUUUGCGUUCAAUCCUUGGCGGCAAACUAGAAAAUGGUGUUUGGCGCAGACGCAUGAACCAUGAAGUGUACCAGGCAUACAAAUCGGCGGAUAUAGUCAAGCGGAUAAAACACGGCAGGCUUCAGUGGGCUGGACAUGUAGCGAGAAUGCCGGAUGAGCGUCAGCGAAGGCUAUAUUUAGCAGGAAUCCCGAUAGAGGUCGACGACUUCGAGGUAGACCCCGCACUCGUUGGAUGUGUGCUGUCGACGAGGAUGCACGCGAAAUAGGUGUUAGGGGCGAUUGGAGGAUAGCAGCCCAAGACCGAGGGACAUGGCAACGAAUUCUGGAGUCGGCAUUGGAUCGAUAAUCGGUCUGUCGCCUUUAAAUUUACACGAAACAGUUACUCCGGCCUGCCUUUGGAUUGAUAAUGAAGUUCCUUUCAAAGCACUGGACGCUACCGGAUGGGGAGACACUGGAUUUGCACAAGAAAGAACCCCGUCACUGCUAAAGGUAACACUCAAGCCCACAACUCACGUGGAAUGCAGUGAAAUUUACGGCAACACCAACCGGCUACUGAGAGACGGCCUCAAGCAGACGCAAAUAUGCGCCGGAGAUAAAUUUAUGGACACCUGUCCCGGUGACUCCGGAGGACCACUGCAGAUAAAGUUGCUUCACAAUGGAAAAGUAUCUCCGUUUCUCGUAGGCGUCACUUCGUUUGGUAGCGCGUGUGGAACAUCAACACCGGGAGUCUAUACGAGGGUAUCAUCAUAUUAUCAAUGGAUCCUGAAAACAAUACAAAGUCUGGAAAGCAGCGUGCGCGAUUGGAGUCUAGAACCCGUUGGAUGCGCCCUACGAUACGUUCCAUUGCGGGAGUACGAAGACGACGUGAUAGUCAGCCGUUCCGAGGACUUUAUUUCUCUUGACUCCACGAAAGCGCACAUGCAUUUUGGCGAAAAAAAUUUACAACAUACGGUUACUGUGGGCUGGCAAGAUCGACGCGUAUGGAGGGAAAAUUGCAGUGGAACAUUGAUUGCGGAUGACACUGUGCUGACUGUGGCCGAAUGUGCGUCGCACUCUGGCGUUACUCCGUCACACGUGGUUAUUAAUUCAAACGGGAAUACUUCCAAUAUAGGAAUGAUUUAUGUGCAUCCGGGAUACAUAAGAAAUUCUCUAUAUAAUAAUAUUGCAGUUUUGAAGCUAAAGGAUCGAGUACAGUUUUCUGACCGUGUAACUCCGGCAUGCAUCUGGCAUUCGCCUGAAAUUCCCGAUCCGCAAGUGGAAGUGGCAGGUAUUGGUCGAACCGAUAUAAACGAAUUUCACUUCUAUGGAGAACCUGAAGGAUUUAAACCAAUGAAACGGACACUAUUACCCAGACUUAGCGUAAAUACCCCUCAAAACUGUUCGAUUCCUGAAAAAUUUUAUUCUCAGCUGUCGCGGGGCUUAGCCCCAGAGCAUCUUUGUGUCGGAGAUCGUUUAUUUUUGGUUCCUGAUUCAUGCCAACUACUUUACGGAGCCCCUAUCCAGCGACAAAUUUGGAGGAACGGUCGUUACUUUGCCUAUGCUUAUGGAUUGAAUGCUUUCGGUAGGGAUUGUGGUUUUGGAGAGGCAGCCGUAGCAACGAGAUUAGUUAGCCACGUGGACUGGCUGAAAUCGGUUCUACUUCCUAACAUUCACGAUGGGCAAUCUUCGGUUCAGUUCGUCAAUCCAGAGUGGAAGGAAAACGAUAGGUGUAGUUUCGAUCACGGCAAUGAACUGCCUGGAAUUUGCACCCAUUAUACGAAAUGUUCGAAGAUAUGGAACGACUUCAAAGCUAAACGACGUGUAAGCUUUUGCUCCUCUGUGCAGGUGGUUUGUUGUCCGCGACAAUUUGUGGAAAGCAAUAUUAAGCAACAACGAGGGAAUGAAUUGGAUACCUGUCGGACGGAUUACCGACGAUUCCAUCCGAAACUAUUUAACCUAUAUACGGCCACGGGCCUUUCACAUACGGUUACCAUAACCUGGAAGGAUUCGAAGUCGGUCCGUUGUCUAGCAUCGCUCAUCACCAAACGCACUGCAGUUACAUCGGCUAGUUGUGCGUUAUCGCAGCCAAACAAACCAACCACGGCCGUACUAGCGAAUAAUGAAUCGAUCGCAAUAGAGCAAACUGUUGUUCAUCCAGACUACAACAGUAAUGAUAAUUCAAACAAUAUUGCACUCGUUAAACUGACCAAUGAAGUAAAACCAACUGCGGCAGUAUAUCCAGCCUGUGUCUGGACAAACAUAACUCACACACCGCUUGAUCUACUGUCAAUUGAAGCAGGGAACGUCGAAAAUAUCAAGAGAAAGGUCGCACCCAUGUACAACUCCGAUUGCCAACGUGAUUAUACACGACGCAUUGCGGCUGAUCAUCUGUGCGUCGAAGAUCUCCAGCUGUACGCCAACAAUACUUGCUAUAUUACGGGCGAUCAGUUGAUUUGGACUAGCGUCGAUGAAUCUGCAGUUGGCGACUCUGCAGUCACGUUUUACGUAGUUGGUUUUUACAGCUUCGGUGAGAAGUGUCGUGAAGCUUAUCCUGCUGUAUUCACCAGGAUCUCAUCGUAUGUUAAUUGGAUACGAGAGAAUAUCUAACAAUUCGCAACUUAGGCAGGAUGGGGACCAUCAACUGACCCAUCAACGCAGGAACGGUUUUUUUUUUAUUUUGAGAGAAUAGGGUAACGGGGGUAUUUUGGCCAGCUUUGGGAAGUGUUCGCACAGUUCAUUAAAAACGAACACAAUUUUUUAACAUAAAUACCUGCUCUAUUAUACCAUUGUUUAAAGCUAAGUGUCUAUUUUAAUAUAAACCGUUCAACAAUGCAGUAUAUUGAAAAAUAUCCUAGAAAUAUCAAAAUUUCUACGAAGUACUAAAAACAUAUUUUGGUCCACCAAAUUUUUACUUUGGCCCACCUUUAUAUCUACAGACGUGUAUGGAAAUAGUUCGGACUAAUUAUAUUUGAGAUCAUCAUCGGUAUUUUUGGAGCAAAAAUAGUGGGUUUGAGCAGAACAUCCUUCUACAAAGAGUAUGUCAGAGUCAAAGAGUAUGAGUAGAGAGUAUGUAUGUCAAAGAGUAUAUAACAAAGAGAUGUCAGAACUUGGCAUGGCCAAUAUAUGAUCGCUUCAGAAAGAGGGAAACAUAUUUCGGCCAUGAGUUUAACCACUUUUUCAACUUUUUCAAUCAUGUUAGAGUAUACAAACUGUUUCUAUGACAUUUUAUGGAUGUUACUACAACAACUAAUUGUUUCAAAAGCAUACAUAUUUGUUACAAUAGCUUCCGGACGUUGACUUGUAUAUUAUCACUUCCUCUUGACUUUGGGUUGAUUCAGCCAUGACUCUGAAUAUGUAUGAACUAAUUCCAAAAUAACACUAACUAGAGCCAGUUUUUCGCCGAAAAUUAUAGUGUAGUAUGAUUCUUAGGUGUGUUAUUCAAUGUUGCAUGCAUAGUUUUCUAAUAUUCAUUGAAAUUAUCAGAUAAAAUGCGUAAAAUGUUAUUGGGUGGGCCAAAAUAUGCAUGUGGGCCAAAAUACCCCCGUUACCCUAGUAAUCGUUUUAACCGCAUUCAAAAUCGUCUCCGAGUGACCGACUAAGGUGUACCUUUUGUGCCAUUCCGUGUGUGAAGUCUAAGAUUUUUUUAUAUAAUUUAACCAUAUUAUUAGGUCUUUGAACUAAAAAAUAUUCAUGCAUUCAAAUCAUGUUCAAAUUUUUCCUCAUCACACUGCCAACCAUCAUAACAAAUCCAGUGCCCCUUAGUCAAUAAAGUCUUCCAAUUUGUCUGCCUGGAUAGAAGCUGUGACAGGUAGGGAAACUGGGUUCAUCUGAGUGAUCGAUUUCAGAAGCAUACUCUUGGCGUAAUCAAGUAGAACAAUCAGUUCAGAGUCAAACCAUCUACAGAUAGAAUAUCUGUCAAUUAUAGGGUAACGGGGGUAUUUUUGCCAGCUUCAGGAAGUGGUUGCACAAUUUAUUAAAAACAAACACAAUUUUCCAACAUAAAUACUUUCUUAUUAUACCAUUGCUAAGAGCUAAGUGUUUAUUUUCACAUAAAUCGUUCAACAAUGCGAUAU